AUGAAUGAAAAAAGUGAAUUAUGUGCAAAGUACCGUAAAUUUGCCACGGAAAGAUUACAAUCAGAUUAUGAAGAAGUGAUCAAAGCGGUAAAUUGCAUUGUGGAUGAAGUGAAAGAAUAUGAAACUUUAUUACUCUUCAUUAAUAAAAUUAAGAUGUUGGAACCUGAAGAACCGUUGAAAACACAAAUGAAUAUUGGUAAAAAUAUCUUUUGUGAGGCUGUGAUUGAUAAAUGGGAUCGCGUGAUCGUAAAACUCUACGAUGAUGUGUACGCUGAAUUAACUUUGGGACGAGCAGAAGAUUUUAUUACGAAGAAAAUUGAGCUACUGAAUGAACGUGCUGCUUUCUAUGAACGACAGGCGCAUUCGAUACGUGCCAGAAUGCAUCUAAUACUCUCCUCUGUUACAAAAUUAGAAAGCUUGUAA